UUGGGGGAUGAUGUGUUUUCUUCCUGUGGGUUAUAAAUGAGUUUCCCGUGGAUUAAAUGAGAAGCAGCUCAGGAGCUCGUCGUCUCUGAGACCUGCUUCACCAAACUGCGCUACGAGUCCUGAACAAUCCGAGCGUUUAUUUAUUUAAUUUAAGUGUUAAAAUGAUCACAGCACAUAGCGGACAUUUUCUAUACCCGGAUUCUCUCCAGCCACUGGCUUCAUCUGCGUCUCUCAGCCAUAUCGAGCUGGAUGCCACAAAGAGUCCUCUGGCUCUAUUGGCACAAACGUGUUCGCAAAUCGGAAAAUCAGACCCAUUUUCUUCCACCAACUCAUCGAACGACUCUAAAGACUCUGGACGUCUGAAGAUCAGCAACAUCAGCUUUUGUUCCAAAUCAGCAGAGAAGAAAGAUUCAGAACCUUCGACUGAUGGUCAGUGUGUUUUGAGGACACAGAGCGCCACCUGCAGGCCAUUUGCUGUCUGUUCUCCUAAAAUUCAGGAUGAAGAUGAGAAGAAGGACAGAGACGACAGUAAAAGUUCACGUGAACCCUCUGAGACGAUCAGAAGUGGAAAUCCAGAGAUUAACAGCAAAGCAAGACAUGAAUCUGAAAGAAAUCCCUCAUCGUCUGAGACAUCAGUGGUGUUUCCCACUUCUUCCAGUCUCGGAUUGGGUAUUCCGCCAUUUUCCGCACUUCCUCUUCCGCCGUUUCCAAGAAGCAGUGUGAGUUUCCCUCAACCAGUUUUGCCUGCAUUGAACAAUAAACCAGGGACGUCCAUCAUUUCCACUGGUCCGUGUGGAGACCCGUACUGCCUCGGCUAUCACUGCGCUGCGUCGCUAAAAUCCACCUUCCCUCUUCUGUAUCCUCACUCGCUUCCUUCCUCCUCCACGUCUGCAUUUACGAUAUUUCCACACGGGUUGAUGCAUCCUCACGAGCUCCAGUCAUGUGUUUUUAACAGUGUUUCAGCUAAUUCUUCUGAGACCAACUUUUCCUCCUCAGUGGCUUCUCACCCGACUCUCAGGAGCCCACAUCACACACUCGGACUUGGCACUCGGUAUCACCCGUACUUCAAAAACCCUUUUCCAACACCUUCAAAUUCUUAUUACUCUAUACAUGGACUUUAUGGACAAAGGCUUCAUCUAGCACCAUAAAGGGGAACGUUAAAGGUUCUGUGUAGAUCCCUACAACACCAGGCUCCAUUUAUUAUUAUUAUUAUUGUUUUUUAUAGGAAGUUAAAAAAAGCCAUAAAUCAGAACAUGUGAGGAAACAUUUUUAAAUCAAAUUAUUAUUUACAUUUUAUGUUAUUCAAAAUAAUAAAAUAUAAUACUGCAAAGAACAAAACAAAACCUCGUCAGGGCCAUUUUUAAAAUCUGUUUCAGCUGCACCAAUAAAUGUUUUAAAGGCAUCAAGCUCCACCGGCUGGCUUUCUGUCUUCUGAUCUCCUGCAAGGAACUGAUUUGAGGACUCAAAAAUGAGGGACAGAAAUGAGAACAGAGACUGACAUGGCAGGAAAAGGUUCACCUGAGACCCAGGGGACAGUCAGGACAAGUGGAAAUUUAGAAUUUAAUGGCAAAUCCGGGCAAAAAAACCCCCCCAAAAACCACAAAACAACAACAAAAAACCCAAAACAAACAAACAAACAAACAAAAACUCAUCUUUUAUGAACUUGGACUAUGUGCCAUUAUUACGUUUUUAUAAAACACUAACUGCCUAAUGUUGUAUCACAAUUUAAUUUUAAUUUAAUUUUCCACAAAAUUAUUUGCUGUAAGUGGUGGUGUUGUUAUUAAUCAGCUGUUUUUUUUU